AUGCUUCCAAGGACAAUAAUUCCGGGAAUAAUACACCGACAAUGUCUGGUGGCCGGGUCGGANUCAUUCGAUUCCAACAUUUCAUCUCUUUCAUCCAUAUCUCAGCAUCAUCAACAACAACAGCAGCAGCAGUUACAAUCGACUCGCACACACGCCGAUGACUCAUGUUCACUGUCGACGUUGUCCGAUGUGAGUGUGAUUCCACAUGAUGAAAUGAACAUUUCAAACUUCGAUGUGACUGGUUGGCAUUCGUUACCGGAAUUACUGGAGUGUUGUCAUUUUUGA